CAUGGCGGUAAUGGCAGGCUUGACCGCUGUGUUUCAGGACAGGUGGAACCUCCGGUUUGACGAGCUGCUGUUGUUCUCUAUACAAAGAGAGACGGAGCCGGGAAAAUACCUAAAAAUUCCGUCUGAAUUAAAACGUGAACUCGUAUCGGAGACUGCAAAUAUUGUCUGGAAUAUAAAAGCGGUAAUUUAAACGUUUUUUGGGGGGAGAAAUGUCCGCCGGAGGAGAGAGAAAAUUGAAAAUAAACUGCGCAGUUAUAGUUUGAUGGGAGCGGUGACCUGACCAGAUAUGGCAGCUGACGACAAGGUUGCCAUCCUGACAGAUGAUGAGGAGGAGCAGAAGAGGAAGUAUGUCCUCGCUGAACCCUUCAACACACUCUCUAUGGCGCACCAGGAGGCCGGCACAGAGCCACCAGUGCCUCCCUCUGAGAUGGCGCCCAAUCAGGCGGUGGCCUCACCGCCAGAUUCCAUAGACUGCUGCGAGAGGAUGUGCCUCCGCAUCAAUAGCCACCUCCUCAUCUCCAAAGUCUUCUACUUCUUUUUCUAUGCCGGCUAUGGAUCGCUGCACCCCCUGCUGGCCGUAUACUACAAGCAGCUUGGUAUGUCGGCCAGCCGCAGUGGGCUGCUCGUUGGCAUCCGCUACUUUAUUGAGUUUUGCAGCGCCCCCUUCUGGGGUGUAGUGGCCGAUCGUUUCAAGAAAGGAAAAGCUGUGUUGCUGUUUUCCGUUCUGUGCUGGUUGAUGUUCAACUGCGGAAUUGGAUUUGUCAAACCAGCGGAGAUGAAAUGUGAGGAAAAGGGAGAUUCUCUCACCACGCUGCCACCACCCGUGAUGACGAUCCGUCCCCAGGGGAACUUAACAUAUCCAAGCAACUCCACCAACCACACCAGAGGUCGGCGAAGCCUCCUGGAACUCGCUGGAGUUCAUGAACUCCUGGACUCCUACGUCGGCGUGUUCCACAGGCUUGAACGCAGCGUGGACACCAACAAAACAGCCCCUCAAUUUAAUUCACCCAACACCACCCAGCUCACACCAAACACCACACAGCAGACCACCACCACGACCACCACGACAGUUAACGCACCAAACCCCAAGAAAGAGACCCAGAUCGUCUACAACAGGGACCAGGUAGAGUCCAUUUUCCUGCUCAUCUUGCUUGUCAUCAUUGUGGGCGAGUUCUUCAGCGCCCCUGCCAUUACCAUCGUGGACACCGUCACCCUGCAGUACCUCGGUAAAGCCCGUGACCGUUAUGGCCUACAGAGGAUGUGGGGCUCUCUGGGUUGGGGUCUGGCCAUGUUGUUGGUGGGAAUCUGGAUUGACCACACGCACAUCACCGUGAAGAUCGAUGGCGACUGUAUCCCGCCCGAUUAUCGCCUUCACAACUACCAACUCGCCUUCAUUGUCUUUGGCGUACUGAUGGGUGUAGCGUUGAUUGUGGCCACCCAGUUUUACUUUGAGAAAGGUGGCGAAUAUAGGCAGGAAGUUCCAGAGGUGGUGGAGGACUCUGCGAGCCCUGAGACUGAGUCUAACUCUUCAGACCAGACUCCCAGCAGCUUCGACGCCACCCAGGGGUUCCGCUACAGUGACCUUCUGAAGCUGCUGUGCAGCGUGCGCUACAGCUCCGUCCUCUUUGUCGCCUGGUUCAUGGGCUUCGGCUACGGCUUUGUCUUCAGCUUCCUGUACUGGCACUUGGAGGACCUGGGUGGGACGACCACGCUGUUUGGGGUGUGCUCAGUCCUCAGCCACAUCUCAGAGCUCGCUGCGUAUUUCACCAGCCACAAGUUCAUUGAGCUUGUGGGCCACAUCAGAGUACUGUACAUCGGCCUGGCCUGUAACACAGCUCGCUACCUGUACAUCUCCUACCUGCAGAACGCCUGGACCGUCCUGCCCAUGGAGAUUCUUCAAGGUGUGACUCACGCCUCAGUUUGGGCAGCUUGUAUCUCCUUCCUGAGCGCCGCUGUCCCACCGGCUCUGAGGACCUCGGCGCAGGGAAUCCUGCAGGGCCUGCACCUCGGAUUGGGCCGUGGCUGCGGAGCCAUGGUCGGAGGAGUGUUCGUCAAUUAUUUUGGUGCUGCAGAGACGUUCAGAGGAAUCGGCAUGGCCUCCCUCGUCAUCCUCCUCAUCUUCUCCUUUAUCCAGUGUUUGACUCGAGAUACUGAAGGGAAAGGUGACAAAAUGCUGGCAGAGAACAUCCCAGUCCCCUCCAGCCCAGUCCCCAUCGCCACCAUUGACCUGGUGCAGAGCCACUCCCCCUCCGACAGCCCGGCCCAGGUGCGGCAGGCUGCCGUGUUGCCAGUGAGGAAGACCAAACAUCAGGAGGAUCAGGAGGACCUAAACAGGCCGGCCUGGGUGCUUUCCGGUGGCCCCUGGGUCGCAAUCGCCUUCGCCUUUGUUCAGAUCAAAGAGGUGAUGAACCUGGCGAAGAGCAGCGUUCAGCAGACUCAUCCUGCGCAGGUUCUCAGUGAACAGGCGCUGGCUGAAUACAACGCAGCGUCACACAGUAACUCGAGCGAUGACGGCUCAGACCCACCGGCAUCCACCACGGAGACUCCCACGCAAGCAGACACCACCCACCCCGUGCACACAGACUCUGACAAAGACCAAACGCACCCUGCGUCAGGUGGAGGAGGGCCCAAAGACGACCCAGGCUUCACAGAAGAAAACACAGACUGAGUGUACAUUUAAAAACAAUUUAAUGCGCACACAGUGAGCUUUAAUCUCAGUGUGUUUUAUUACUGCAGAGUGAUACAGCUCGACAAGUCAGCACGUGUCCAGCUCAGUGUUAAAUUCUUAUUUUGUGGUGAAAUGUUUCCUUUGCAGUUUAUAAACACUGUAUGUACAGACUGUUCUAAAAACUGCUGUGUAUAUAUUCAUUAAUACUGGCAACAUGUUGGAAAUGGUUUAACUCUGGAGGUAAAUGAUUUCUUUUGUGUGUCUAGACUUGAUUAAUGGACAGUUUUUGCAGCGGGCACUUUGGUUUCAAACUGAAAAUGCAUUUGGAAGGCGAGUAAACCUAACGCACCUCUGAUUUCUGUGCACUGUAACUCCUUCCAGAGGAGUGAAGGAAAUUCCUUCAGUUGCAAAUGUGCCUCUUUUUAAGUUAUUUAACUUAAUUUACUUAAAAAAAAAAAGGGGGAAGAAAACAUGAUUUUUUUUUUUUCCUUUUUUCACUGUUCUAGUGCAUUUUUAAAUGAAGUGAUGAUGUACCUCGGAGCUUUAACUAGACGACAGCACAAAUGAAUUUAUUGGUACCUGAGGGUUUUUUUCUGAGGUUUUAACUUGUGGUGGGGAUUUUUAUUGUAAUGUAACACAAGGGUUCUCAACUUGUAUGUGCCACAGAGCGUUUUCAUGGCCACGCUGCAGAUGUGUACAGCUUAAUUCACAAUAAAAGCCUCUCAGUUUUA